AAACUCCCACGUGUAUUAUAGUAAAACAGGUUGAGCACGACCCCCCUCUAAACUCCUCCUCAACUUCCCAAGUUGCUAAACCCUCUGCCGAGCAUUCAGACCAUUUAAAGUAAAUGAAAACCGAAAGCGUCUCCCGGUCUCGCUCGCGAACGUGCCGUUGCUUUAUGAAUGCGGUUGAAUUGAGAGAACACGCUGUAAAAGGGGAAGGUCGAGAGCAGGGCGUACAUAAAAUGUUUACGAAACGGAGAUAGCGCAGACACGGCGCAGACUGACCGAGAGAUACACAGACAGGCGCGAGAGUAACUUCUAUGAACUAAUAACCCACAAGUGCGAAAACAAGGAUGUUCUGAUAUGAUGCCAUCUAGGCACUAACAUUUUCAUCAGUGGGCACGUGUAAAGUGAUGUGUUUUACGAUCAUUCCGGCAGCGACAAACAGGCCAUCGCGCAGGACAACCGGAUAGGGACUGAGUUCAUCCUAUGAACGAGAUGCCGCCUCUGUUCAUGGACUCCAGAUCUGAAAGCAGCGUCGCGUCUUUCUCCGGCGAGGAUUCCCGCAGUCCUACCGACUGGGAAAGCGGAGGGGGGAAGAGGCAGAAGGUGGAACACAGAGGGAAACGAAAAGAGAGAAAUAGAGACGCCGCUCGGAAGAGCAGGAAGAAACAGACGGACAAAGCUGACCUCCUUCACCAGGAGCUCCAGGGUCUGGAGAAGGCCAAGUCCGCCCUGGAGAAGGAGAUAUUGGGCUUGAGGAGAGACCACAAGCUGUACAGCUGUGCCCUGGUGCAGCAUCAGGCCUGCUGCUCUCUGCUGCUCCCUAUGGGGAUCCCUGCCUCCUCCUCCUCCUCCUCCCCCCUCCUGCCCAUGGCUGCCCCCCCGCCUGCCACCACACCUGUUUCUACCUUCCACCCCUCCUCAGGUGCCCCUGCCCCUCUAUCUGCCCCCUCCCCCAGACCUCUAGCCCCUCUAUCUGUCCCCUCCCCCAGACCUCUAGCCCUGCUAUCUGCCCCCUCCUCCAGACCUCUAGCCUCUCUAUCUGUCCCCUCCCCCAGACCUCUAGCCCUGCUAUCUGCCCCCUCCUCCAGACCUCUAGCCCCUCUAUCUGUCCCCUCCCCCAGACCUCUAGCCCCUCUAUCUGUCCCCUCCCCCAGACCUCUAGUCCCUCUAUCUGUCCCCUCCCCCAGACCUCUAGCCCCUCUAUCUGCCCCCUCCUCCAGACCUCUAGCCCCUCUAUCUGCCCCCUCCUCCAGACCUCUAGCCCCUCUAUCUGCCCCCUCCUCCAGACCUCUAGCCCCUCUAUAUGCCCCCUCCUCUGGAGCCCCUCUACAUGUUCUGGUACCCCUCUCCUUGUUCACAGCUACCUCAUCUUCCCCGGAGACCCCCUCCUAUCCUCACCCCGCCCUCACCUCCUCCCAGAGGGCCCCCUCUACAUCACAUGAUUCCUCCAGCCCUCUUCUCAGUCUGUUAACUACCCCUAGUCCCCUGAUUCUGCCUCCGCUUGCCCCAGCUCCUACCCUCUCCUCCUGCCCCCUCCCAGCUCCUACCCUCUCCUCCUGCCCCCUCCCAGCUCCUACCCUCUCCUCCUGCCCCCUCCCAGCUCCUACCCUCUCCUCCUGCCCCCUCCCAGCUCCUACCCUCUCCUCCUGCCCCCUCCCUACCCUGUCCACCCACCCCCUCCCUGCCCUCUCCUUAUUUAUGGACUCUGAAGAAAUGUCUCUCUCCAAACUCCUGGAGAGCAACGAUUGGCUGCUGGACUCAGCGACAUCAUCAAGCUGGGCAUGAACUGAACCCCUCCUCUUCUCUCCUCUCCUCUUCUCCACCUCCUCUCCCCCUCCUUUCCCCCUCCUCUCCCCCUCCUCUCUCCUCCUCCUACACAUUGGGCAUUAAGGUGAUGAGUGAAUGUGAAUGAUCUACUGAACAAAUUAUGUGUUUGUUUCAUUUAGUGUUUUAGUUUCUUAUAUAUUAACAGUAUACAUAAAUAUAUCAAAUAAAUUUACUGUCUUGGGUCGAUGCUAGACCAUGCAUGGUGAAAAUAAGCUUAUGAAAUACUGUUUUAGUAAUCGUAUUGUUAUUGUUGAAUGUUUUUGUUGUUUUUUUUACAUUAUUUUGGCCUGUACACAGCAGUGAUAGUUAAGCUGUAACCAUGACAUCAUAAACACCCCUCACAACAGUUCCAUUCUGUCUUAUUUUGUUUGUUUUCAUCCAAUGAAAUUAAAGUUGUAAAAGGACAUUCAAGGUAUUAGAGAUUUAUUUUAAAUGUAUUUAGCAGGCUGUAUAGUUCCAGUAGUUCAGCUGUCUAAAGAUACAGGCUGUAUAGUUCCAGUAGUUCAGCUGUCUAAAGAUACAGGCUGUAUAGUUCCAGUAUUUCCAAGCUGCCUGCUGCUGUGUUUAGGAUUCUUAAACAUGUCAGAUAUGUUCACAUCUCUCUUGUUGUUGUUGUUGUUUAAGAUGUAGUUUAAGAUGUUGAUAUGUUCUGUUUACUUUGACCACAAGUGUGUGUGUGCUAGUGUGUAA